AUGCAGCAGCACACGUUCGACGUCACCAAGUAUAAGAAAUAUACUCCAUUGUACUACGGGCUGUUCCCAUUCGGCCUGUGCCUAAUCUCAAGUGGCAGUGUCCUAUACAUCGACGGUAUAGAGAUUCCGCUGGCGGCCCGGGCGGUAUACGCGUGCGCUUUAAGACUACUUUAUGGACUCGGUGCUACUGUGCUUAUCAGUGGCGCGGUCUUUAAGUUUGAAAAUCUGUACCGCGGCGUGCUAGAGUGGCGUAUCUGGGGCCCCCUGGGACGCCUGUCGUAUGCCGCCUUCCUGGUGCAUUUGAGCAUCAUCAGAACCGUGAGUGGCGCCUAUGCUGUGUUGGCGUUCAGCUCCUUCAAUCAGAUGGUGAUGAUGUUUCUGGGCGUAAUGUGCCUGUCAUACUUAAUCGCUGUUCCGCUAUGGAUGAUGGUCGAAGCUCCCUUCUGCGAGCUUGUGAAGGUCUGCUUCUACCCUAAGAAGAAGAAACAUAAGCCUGAAUUGACAAUACAGUGCGACGAAAAAAAGGACACCAUUUGUAUUAAAUUAUAAA